UCAACAGAGCAAUGGGUUGCUUCUUCGCGUGUUUCAGGAACAACGAUAACCAUCGUCGCCGCACUCACCUUACCGCCAACUCUUCUAGUUCCACCGAUGUUCUGGUAUCUCGAAACAGCUAUUCCUCUGUGUUUCAAGCUCAAGAGAGAGAAGAUUGUGCAAUCAAUUGCGGUGAUGUUGUGGAAUUUCAGGGAGAUGACCUGGGGCUUAAGGAUGAGGCCAAGUUUCUUAAAGCCUGUGGUACUUUACCAGGGACACCUGUUGAAAUUCGGAAAACAUCUGAGAAACUGAAAGUGUCACCCUCUCCCGAUAAACAUUCUGAGCCAUCAAGGUUUCAUUCUUGGCUUCCGAAUGAGUCUGUUGAGAAACUUCAACUGGAUUUUCGUUCAGUUAACCCGCCAACGCCCUUAAAAAUUUGCCAAGAAUUGGGAGAGAGCAGAGACUCUUUUGAGCACACACCAAACAUAUGUUUAUCUGAUGCACGAGAUAGUCACCAUGAAUCUCUUGAGCAUAUGGAAGGAAAUAAGACAGGGAGCCCUCAUACUGCAGAUAGGGCUGAAAAUAAUCCAGCUCCAGAUUCACCUUGGCUAGCCACAGAAACACAGAGGAAGUGCAAAUCAGUCCGGUUUAAGUGUGAUACGGGCUUAUCAUCCUGUGGAAGUUCAUCUGAUGAUAGUCGUUUGAAGAAAAGCUGGUCACCAAAUAACCAAAAUGCGAAUAAGCGAUCACCUUAUCCUACCCCAUUGAAGUUAUUUGAUGAGAUGCAAACCCCAGGAACGGUUUGUCCUGCAACACUGGAAGAGUUACCUAAUGGCAGGGCUCGUGUUCGGUCCCAGUUUGUCUACCCCACUCACAAACCAGAUGAGGAUGUCUUCCAGCGUAAAAUACUCGAGGAGAAAGAUUUAAACUCUGAACAUGAUUCAAGUGAGUUGAGAGAUUCUGCCGAGCAAGCUCAAAUUGCUACUCCUACCCCGCAAAAAGGUUCAAACCAAGUGUUGAAGGAAAAUGAAUCUAAAGCAGAAGUAAGCUUGUCUAAUUGGUUAAGGCCUGCCCCAAUUGAUCAGGAGAAGGGAAACAAGAGAGUGGAGUCUGCUUCUAGCCAGAUCCCACAUUUUCGGAAAACUUCUGCUGACAGGCCUAUCCUUGGUGUGGCUGCAGCUCACUUUGAAAACGAGGAUUCGAAUAUUUGUCCUCCGAAGUGGUGGGAUGGAAAUGGCAUACCAAAUUCAACCACUAAAUACAAAGAGGAUCAGAAAGUGAAGUGGCAUGCAACACCAUUUGAAAAGAGAUUGGAGAAGGCAUUGACAGAGGAGACUUUUAUCCCUCAAAGGAAGUUUGUUCCUGGAAAGCCAAUGGAUUUUGAUGAUAUUGAAGAGAGUGAUACCGCAUUAUCCCAGCUGCGAUCUUCGACUAAUCCAGAGUCAGUAGAGUCAUUUUGAUUUGUCCACUCAUUGUAUGGGGUGUUACAUACAUCGGAAAUAUUUCAAAUUUAAGGAGACUAAAUCUCAGUACACAUUCAAUCUACUGAUUGGAUUACAACAAUUUUAGAGCGCAACUGCGCAAGUGUGUUAUGUGUAUGGAGAAAACUCCAUUUACUAGGAAAAAAGUUGAACUGAGAUUUGAAUAAGUAUGGUAGAAAGCUAUGUAUCCAGCACAGGUUCCUCUCGUAGAUAGUCUCAUUGAUACCCAGUAGACCAUAACUUUGAGUGUUGGAUGAAAUUUUUGGCAAUGUUUCUUACGAAAAUUAAACUCAGAGGCCAAAUGAACGAUUCAUCUUUU